CUGUUUAUUUGGAACUCUGCAAUACUUUCGAGCUAAUAUUCUAUAUGUGUGGCAGGAACUCAAGCAGUAGCAGUAGCUCCUGCCCAAGUCAAGCACUGAGUACAUCCCAUAAUUUCUGAGAAGUGGCAAACUAUUUCACCCCUGGAGGGUAGCGGUGUGUUUACCAAAAUCAUAUUAAAUUAUGUGCAGGCUGCGAUGGUGUGGAAUCAGAGAUGAAGGCUGUGCUUCUCUGGCCUCUGCUCUGAUGUUAAACCACUCACACCUGAGAGAGCUGGACCUGAGUGUCAAUGACCUAGAAGACUCAGGAAUGAAGCUGCUCUCUGAUGGACUGGGGAAUCCACAAUGUAAACUGGAGACACUAAGGCUUUCAUCAUGUAAAAUCGAAGAUAAUGGCUGUGCUUCUCUGGCCUCUGCUCUAAUCUUAAACCACUCACACCUGAGAGAGCUGGACCUGCGUCGGAAUGACCUGCAUUAUUCAGCAGUGAAGCUGCUCUCUGAUCAACUGGCCAAUCCUCUCUGGAGACGGGAGAAACUGAACUUUUUCAGCCAUACAUAUAUGGUGUCUAGUGAUGAGAAUGAAGACUACGUACACAACAUGACACAACAAAAAUGCAUGUGAGCUCACACUGAACCCAAAACACAGAAUACAGAGAGCUCUCUCUGUCUGAGGGGAACAGAAGGGUGACACGGUGUGGGUGAAGCAGCUGUGUCCUGAUCACCCAGAGAGAUUCAGGGACUGCCCCCAGGUGCUAUGUAGAGAGGGUCUGACUGGGCAAUGUUACUGGGAGACAGAGUGGAGUUGGAAAGCUUAUAUAGGAGUGGUAUAUAGAGGAAUAAACAAACAUGGAGAGGCUAAUUAUUGUGUAAUGGGAUUCAAUGACAAGUCAUGGAGUCUGGAGUGCUCCUAUGACAAUUACACUGCCUGGCACAACAAUAAGAGCGCCAUCGUACGUGUCUGCUCCUCCCGCUCCUACAGAGUAAGAGUGUAUCUGGACUGUCUGCAUGGCCAUCUAUCCUGCUACAGCAUCUCCUCUGGCAGUCUGACCCAACUGCACACAUUUAACACAACAUUCACUGAGCCUUUCUACCCAGGGUUUGGGAUUAUGGCUCCUCUGUAUCUUUAUGCAAGGUUAAACGUUGAAACUAAAUACUGGUGAUGUCACCUCAUUGUCCCUGUAACAGCUAGCCCCCUACUGUCCUGAGGCUUCAAAUAAAUCACUCUCCUAUGAAGACAACUGUGUGACAUGAUUGGACGUUUUAAACUAUGAUGAUGACUUCCACCACUGCUUGUGGGAAUGUUAAAAGUCUGUUAUAUUAAAUGAAGUGCCUGUUA